AUGGCUACCCUAACGAAAAUAACAACCUUAGCUAUCCUACUGAGUAGCAGCUAUGCAGGUAUUUUACAUGGAAACAAUCAUCACGAAGAACUAGGUAAUGGGUACCCAUCAUCACCACAUACCAGUUUAACUGCUCCAAGUGCCUUAGCGUCUUCGAGCUUCUCUCCCAGUUCAUUCCCAGCUGGAUCGUUACCAUCUGCAUCUUAUUCUGGCGCUGGCCUAGUUGGAAGUAGUUAUUCAAGUGGAUUUGGCGCCAACGGUGGAUUUAGUGCCAACAAUGUCGGCUUUGGAUCUAACAGGGGCUUUGGAGACUAUAGUAGCUACGGAACAGGAGGAUUAACUGAUGCUUUCAUAGGUGCCAGUGGCUUAGGGUCUGGACUUAAUGGCGCUUCUGUAGCAGCACCUGUUUUGGCUGGAGCUGCUCUUCCAGGAGCUGGACUAACCGGAGGUGAUGCUCCACCUCCAGGACCUAAAGCUCCAGUUAUUACUGAAAUACAUGGCCUUGCCAAUAGUAACGGUGCACCGACACGAUACCGUGUUCGUGAUGAGACUUACCAGGUCUAUCGUGAAGUAACACACAGAGUUCCCCAACCAGUACCUGUACCUGUCCCCCAAACUGUUCAAAUUCCUGUACCACAACCAUAUCCCGUUCGAGUUCCUGUAGUGAAAAACGUUCCUGUACCUGUCGUUAAAAUACAGCAAGUUAAAGUGGACAAACCAGUACCUUACCCCGUGGAGAAAAUUGUGAAAGUACCAGUUGAAAAAGUUGUUCAAGUAGCAGUAGAUCGUCCUGUCCCAAUUGAGAAAAUCGUCAAAGUACCUGUCGUAAAACUAGUGAAGAUCCCCGUUCAUGUUGUGAAAAAUUAUCCUGUGCCGGUCUUUAAGACCGUUCACCACAAAGCUCACGCGAGCCACGGUUCCAGCUACGGUCACAGCCACGGAUGGUCACAAUGGUGA